AUGGCUUUCGCAAAUGUAAAUCUGAGCAGGAGGCAGCGGCGAGCCCUCUCUUUCUACGACGAUAGCAUUGCCAACACUGCCCGUCUCUCAUAUCCCCCGGUCUCCGUAUCUGACCUCCUGAACUUCUCGUCCAAUGUCGAGCACAACCAGCUGCAGACCGGCAUCCUCCUUUACAAAAUUCUGCCCGUUCGUCUGGCCACCCGUAUCAUCGAUAUUCACGACCUGCCCUACAUCUGCGGCAUCAACCCCUUCAUGCAGUUUAUCCACAAUGACUACGUCAACGUCUUUAUGCAAAUGAAGGCCAUCAAACACAUCAAGACGCAAGCGGACCUUAGCAAAUUCAACACCCUCAUGAUAGAGGGCCUGAAACAGGGCAACUCGGCCCUCCCUCAACUUGCUCGAGCCAGCAAGGAACUUGCCCCGCACUUGGCCCCAGAAGUCCUGAACCGCUUUAUUAACCGCUUCAUUACCUGUCGCAUUGGUCGGCGCCUUCUUGCCGAACAACACCUUGCCAUCAUCCAGCAACAUCUCCAUCCCCAGCCUCACUCGCAUCUCAUCGGCGUUAUCGACCACGAUGUAAACAUUCGAGCCGUCAUCAAAGCCACCUACAAGCGAGCGUUCCUGAUUUCGCGCGAUGUCAACGGCCUCAGCCCCCACAUGGACCUCAACAUCGAGCAGACCACCGCCUUGCCUUAUGUUGUCCGACACAUUCAAUACAUCCUGCUCGAAAUCUUCAAGAAUGCCAUCCGUGCCACUGCCGAGCGUGCCAUCCGAGACUCGACUCGUUUUCUGGACGAAGACGACAUUCCCCAAGUUCAGGUCACUGUCCACGGUGGACCAUCGGAGACAACCAUCAUUGUUUCGGACAAGGGCGGCGGUAUCUCCCAGGACCACCAAGACCGCGUCUUUGACUUUGCCUUUUCCACCGCCCAGGGCCUGGAUGCCGCCUCGCUGCUUGAGCAACCCCAGGGAGUGGGCGACUAUGCCAACCGCCCCAUGGCUGGCGAAGGAUUUGGUUUGCCCAUGGCCCGAGCCUACGCCCGCUUUUUCGGAGGUGACAUUUCAUUUCAAACCAUGCAGGACCAUGGAACUGACGUCUACAUUAAGCUGCGCCACGUGGACCUCAAGGGCACCCAGAACAUCCUCCCCGUCUGA